UCAAGGCGAAAGGAGGACUUUCACGGGUCAGCAAAUUUCUGGUAGAAUUACUUCGAAGCACAAUAAUUACCCACCAUGGAGAACGUGAAGCCCACUGUCACCUACCACCUGUUCCUGUAUCGCUCCGAACUGGCCAGGCGGAAUGCACGACAGCUGCGACUUUCCCGGACGAAAAUCGAGAUCACGGACGAGCUCAUCUCGAAGACGGUGCGGAACCUGAAGACAUGCAGCAUGGACGACCUGAAGGCGGUGAACCGGGAGCUGCUGUUCAAGCGGAAACUGCGCCACAACGUCUCCAAGCUGAAAAAGGAGGCCAAGCGGCAGGCAGCGGAGCAGCGGCAGGACUAGGAGCCAUUUGAUUGAUUUAUUGUAUAUAGCCGUGUGUAAAUAAAUAUAUACCUUGAUAAGACUUCUUUUCUGCAUUGAAAACUGGUUCGUUUUAAUGGCUUUUAGCGGCGCUUCUCGUUUGCAUUG